CCCCACCUCUUGCACCUUAAUAACUGUAACAAAGACUCAACAAACACGCUAGUCUUAGCGGAUGAAACUACCGGGUGUGUUGCCUUUAUUUUCCACUGGACCAGCCGAUCACGUCCGGUGGAGAGCUGUUUUAAGAUCAGCCCAGGAACAAUAACGUAUCCUACUUCCCUCCCUAUCCUAUCCAUAGAGAACAUAAAUAAGGAGAUCACUUACCCCUCCCCCUAGCCUCCAUACCUACCACCUCCCUAAGACUUAUUUACCCUUAUUGAUUCAAUUCCUCCUUGGCUAUCCUUUCUCCGCUCCAAAACACCCGUCCACCAUCGCCCUUUUCAACUUCAGAAUGCCCAACUCCAGCCCCGCCAUCCUUCUAGUCCACGGCGCUUGGCACACCUCAGCCCACUACGCUGAAUUCACCUCUGCACUCAGGUCCAAGGGCCAUGAAGUCCACGUGCCCCGCUUGCUCUCCGUGAACGGGGCCCGUCCCCCCAAUACAGAUCUUUCCUCCGACACGGAUCUCAUCCGCAGUUACGUGGAGAGCCUCGCUGAAGCCGGCCGGGAGGUGGUCGUCCUCAUGCACUCUUACGGUGGUCAAGUAGGCACCAACGCCCUAGUGGGCCUGGGGGCUGAGACCCGGAAACAACAAGGCCGGACGGGUGGGGUCGUCCGGUUGAUCUACAUCGCUGCCUUCGCCGUCACGGAGAACAACUCUAUGAUUAGCGUCGUAGAGGCAUUCGGACACGGGGAGCUGAUUCCCCUGGCAUUUGAUUUCGCGGAGGAUAACAGUUGUGUGAGCCGUGACCCGAAGAAUCUAAUUGUUGGGCCUGGUCGGUCGGAUGAGGAGACCGAUGCUUACAUCGCUGCUAUGCCGCGUUGGAAUGGAAAGACUAUGUAUCAGGCUGUCGAACGGUGCGCUUGGAGAGAUAUUCCUGUGUCGUACAUCUAUUCCACGGCUGAUAUGACGGUGCCUUUGGAUUAUCAGAAGUCGUUUGUAGAGAAGAUGCGGGAGGCGGGUAGAGACGUCGAUACUUUCGAGGUGGAGACGGGGCAUUGUCCUACUUUCACCAAGUUUGAGGAAGUGGCCAAGAUUGUCGACGGUGUUGUGAGUAAGCUUUGAAGGGUGGAUGAUGGUGUUGUUCUACUAGACUAGGUGAAAGUUUCUGUUGGUUUGCUCCCUUUUUUAAUUAUAUCUCGCUAGUACCUCCUUUAAUUGUCACCAUGUGGUUGUCCG